AUGCGCGAGAAAGCCACCCGCUUUACGUCGUCAUUCGCCAUGCCUGGUCAAGCUGCCGACAUUCAGGCAGAGCAGAACCAGAACCUCCUGCGACCAACAAGCACCAACAGCCAAUUCAACCACUCCAACCACUCCAACAUAUAA